AGCGAAAAUUGGAGAAACAAUCUUAUUUUGAAUACAUUUCACAUAAACGCGAAAUGUUCUUAUUAAAAUAUUCUAUCAAUGUUAAAAAAGCUGAAAUAAAACAACUAGAAGAAAUUGCGGCGGCAGAUGAACGCAAGAUAGAAAUUGCUGAACAGUGUCUGGAGCAAGACGCUGCUUUGUUUGAUGAAUUUUUGAAAGAAAAUGAUAGAAAUUCUGUGGAAGCCAUAGCAAAUGCUGAGCAUGAGGCUAGAAAACGUAUGACCUUGAAUGCAGAAGUGAAGCGGCUUAAUUUACAAUUAAUGCAACUUAGAGCGGAUAUCAGUAAAUAUGAGGAACAACUCAGAGACUAUCGAAUGUAUAGAGAAUUCCUAGAAAGAGUGAUACCUGAACCUCAUCGGUCUGAAAUUCUGGAACGCCAAAGAAUAAGAAGAGAUGAACGUAGACGAAUAAAGCUAGAGAUGAAUAAAUCGAUUGCUACUCUUCGUGCCCCAGCAGUACAGUAA